GUUAUACUCAAGGCGGUAAUCACUGCCAAAGGUACUUCAACAAAGUACUUAGUAAAGGGUCUGAAUACUUAUGUAAAUUAUAAUUUUUUUUAAAGUAUAUAAACUGUUUUUGCUUUGUCACUAUGGGAUAUUGUGUGUAAAUUUGAGGGGGGAAUUUUUUUUGAAUACAUUUUAGAAUAAGGCUGUAGUGUAACAAAAUGUGGAAAAAGUCAAGGGAUCUGAAUACUUUCAGAAUGCACUGUAUACAGUAACUAACCCCUCUACUGCACACAUUUUGGUUUUUCAUUGUAUUAUGUUCUGAGGUGUUGUCCAUCCCCAAAGACCUGGAGAAAAGGGCCAACUUUGGAAAACCCUGGUGUACAUCAUUGGUCAUGACGCGCGAAUUUCACCUGAUCGUGGCUGACUGCCCAUGUGGUCAUGUUGUCUAAACUUGUAGGUACUGAAGCUUGUGGUGAUCGGUGGCAUGUUAUAGAACCUAUCCACAAGAGUGUAGGCUACAGCUUAGUUGUUAAGUUUGUAAAAGAUGUGAAAGUUACUGUCUCACUGACCAAGGCCAAUUUUGGCUCAGGGUUGGUCACAUGACCCACUACAGUGACUGUUUUUCUUAUUCCAAUGAUUUGAUGAUUGACAAUCUAUAAAAUGUUUAUUUCGCGCACUCGAUGCGGGCAGUGUGGUCCGCAUGUAUAAUUGAGCAAGCAUUGGAAAAUAAAUUUGCACAUACAUGUUAUUCAAUUAUUGCACCCACACUGCUUGCGCACGUCUGUGUAGCCUCUCCCAUAUCCUCAUUGGUUUUUAGGAGCUUAUAUCCACGUGGGUGAUUGAAAGGUGAACUGAGGUCCACACUCCAGUCCUGUUGGUACUGCACCUUAAAGUUGGUUGCCAACUGCCAUAUAAAGUGCAAAGGAGGAGAGAUUACUAGAAACAAACUAUGUUUUCCCUUUUAUCUGUGGAUUAAUUGUCAGAGUAGAGGACCUUGUGCAUUUCAGGCAAAUUAUCAACCCAAUGUUUAUAUCCCAGGACAAAUUAGCUAGCAACAGCAAGCUAAAUUGCCAUAAAUGUUUAAUGCUUUUCGAUCUGUCCCCAAAUUAAUACAGUUGGUUCAGAGUUCGUUUUGAUAUUUCAACACUUGAUCGCAUCUGAUGUGGGUGGCCACAAGCGGUGUGGUCAGCAUGUGAGACACUGCAUUGCAGUUCUAGAGGUGUCACUACAGGGUCGGGAGGGCGUCAUCCAGGUUAGCGACUCCUUGUGGCGGGCCGGGCGCAUGCAGGUUGACUUCGGUUGUCAGGUGAACGGUGUUUCCUCGACACAUUGGUGCACAUUGGCGUUAAGAAGCGCGGUUUGGCGGGUCACGUUUCGGAGAACGCAUGACUCAACCUUUGCCUCCCGAUACUACAACAACAAAAAAUGAACAACUUUCUUUUUUAAAUAAAAAUAAAUAAAAAUUACAAGUUGUAUGCAAAUCCCUUUCAUUUGAACCAUUAAUCAUUACAGGCAAUACUAUAGCUACAAUGUAAAUUGCACCUCUUCUGUGUUAAUUGGUUCUUUAUCCUGAUUGUCUAUGGCAUCAGAUGAGUGCCAAAUUGAGAUGGAGCACGCAAGCAAGAAUAUAAAUCACAGUGCGAGCAGAUUUGUAUCGAAGAAAACCAGUCGCGCAAAGCGCAUAAACUACUUUGAUCGUGCAUAGACAGGGUUGGGCUGGAAAUUAAACUUGAGAGCUUGAAACAUUGAUAUUGAACAAGUUGAAAAUCAUUGUCGAAUGCAAUAAAUUAGUCCGAGUGCAUGCAGAGAUUUCUGCACUCUCAAAAAUACACCCUGCCCAUGUAUGAAAGUCUCUUCUCACAAACACAAUUUUCAUUUUGCUCUCAUUGUCCAUCUCACGGAGUGAACGUGUGACAGUCCUAUGUCGUGGGGCUCUGCUCCUAGUGGUUUACCCAAGGUGCCAGGGUUCUGGUCAAGAAGUUUGGAUAUUGAUUGAACGAUCCGCACAUGGAUCGAAGAGCUUACUCUUUCACAUUCAUACAAUCUUAAGGUGAUAUUCUAUUUGAUAAUGUAUUCCAUUUCCUUAGGUAUAAUGGUUUAAUUGGGUAGGGAUGUGAACUAGGCUUUUGACCGUCGCAGUCUCUGGUCCACACUCCAGUUCAAUUUGUGGCAGUAAUGCAUCACUAAAGUUGGUUGCCAACCAUUUUAAGAACCACUGAAGAAGAACUGUCAACGGAAGUGAAAAGUAACCAAGAACAAUAUACACGGCAGCGUUUUUAUUGUUGUUAUAUAUACUUUUAUUAUCACCUUGAAUCUCAUAUUACUUAUGUAACUGCACAGCCACACAUACUUACCCCAGGCAGUGUUAAAUUCGCGUUGGAGACAGGCCUUGGUUGAUAGAUGUUAUUAAGGUAACGCUAGCUAGUUGCUAACAAUGGCUAACUGUAGGCCUAUGGUUUUUCACACUCAAAUAGCCUCCAUUAUGGAGGUGUUAGCGAAUGCAGCCGUGGCAGAUAUCUGUAAACUCGUAGACGAUGACUAUGCAGUGUUUCGUUUGGAAAUAACUCAAAGCCAGAAUGAAAGCAGGGCAUUGCGGAGAAAACUACAGCUACUUGAAAUGAAGGUGGCACGGGAGCGCGCAGAGAGAACGACGCGAGAACGCGUCCUCGCCAGUGGUCCCAGUAGUGUCAAGAUCCUCGACCGAUACAAAGGAAUGACAAGAGGUGAAGGACAUCUCACUGGAGGGCACAGGAGCUUUGUGAAGCCUGCUGGACACAAUGCAUGGAGAGAUGACCAACCAAUCACUGUUGAUGAGGGGAGUGUAACCUCAACCCAGCACUUUAUUGUGAUAGAGUCUGCAGAUGAAAAUGCAGCAGGUCCUGGGGUCAAGCUGGAGAGGACUGAACGAGAGAAGGACCAACGGCACCAGACUGGAGCACCAGCUGGAGUGGCGCCCUCUGUACCCACCGAGGAUCUCGCCGCUGCGCCCCAGGCCAGGACCCGACGCAGGAUCACGGAGGAGGAGGGUCCAGAGGUACUGCUGGUGAAGGAGGAGGGGUGUGAGGAGGGUCUGGGGAACCCUGAGGGGACUAUGGUCAUGGAGGACAACGAGACUUCACCUCCUCCUGAACCUACAGAGGAAACAGCUGAGCAGCACAGGACCACACACAGUCUCACUGAGUCAGUAGACAUGGAGGAUGGGAAGCCUGAUCUGCUGAUAGUCAAAGAGGAGACAAUAGAAGAUGGACCAGAGAGCAUUGAUCUGCUGAGUGAACUAAAGAUGGGGGAGCAAGGUGAUUGGCUAGAGGAUAACAGAGGAGACUGGGUGGCCAUCUUAGAUACCCAGACUGCUGCUGCCAAGGGCCCAGGGGACAACAUCACUGAGCAGGCCAGGAUCAGAGGCGAGAUAGUGGAGUCUGCAGUCCAUGAGGACCUGCUGAUAACUGGUGUUCCUGGCGGGAGAGACCGGACCCUUGAGACGGCUGGUCACAAACCCUGGCCCCGGAUCAGAACCCUGGAUCAGGAGCCGUUGCUCUUCCUUCCCGAGUCUGAACCAGGACCCAACCACGAGGGACAGAGACUCCACCAUCACACAAAACACAACCAGUGGACAGGUGGACUGAACAACCUCAGCCCUGGUGGUCAUCAGAGAGACAGAGGCUCCAGUCAGGGAUCCAGUCCGCAGCCCAGACCCUUCUCUUCACAGUCUCAGUGCAGGGAUGGAGCAGGGCCUGGGACUAAUAGAGAUAGACCCUCCUGUUCCUAUGAUAUGAACAGAGCAGGUCAGCCUGGGCUUCAGCCUUCACAGAGAGUGGUGGGAGAUCCCCUUGGGCCUGGGUCUAGCCUUCCACAGCUGCUUAAUUGUUACCCCACGAAUACAGACAGGGUCAGUAUGGGCAGUCACCACAACAGGUACCUAGCCUAUAACACAGCACACAAUCCCGACAACACCCAAACAAUGGCUCCAUGUCAUGGAGGGCUCUCUGGUGUCAUUGGGUCAAAACGUGGGAGCCCAAGCAUUGGGACCGACGCCGACAAGCCAUACGCCUGCCCUACAUGUGGGAAGCGAUUCGCUAAGGCGAAAUAUGUGAAGCAGCACCAGACUGUUCACACCAAGGACAGCUUCAAGUGCAAACUAUGUUACAAGAGCUUCUCCUUCCUAAGUAGCCUUAUCAGACAUAGGAAUGUCCACAAUAGGGAGAAAUCGUAGCUUGAGAUGUACACGAGGGAUGUCUGGGAACACGAUCAAAAUAAAAAAACAAGUCCCUCAGUUGAGCAUCUGGAUAUGAUCACAUUCUCACAUGAUACAGACUUGUUGUUUGGUGUGCUGGCAUAGCCAAAACACUGUCAUGUUAUUGAAGAGUAACACUAUUUCCCCUCUGAAUGCUUUUUCUUAUGUUCUAUUCAUAAAACACUUUUAUAACACCUUUAUAACAAGUCAGGUGAGAUGACCCUGAGGUCAUGCUUUCAUUGGGGAAGAGGUCCAAAAACAACCCCUUACUGUGUCCCUUUCCCCUAUUGCCCUCCCAUGGCACUGGGUAGUAGGUAGGAGUUCUCCUUAAUCAGAUAUCUUUCAUCCUCCCCUCUAUCAUCUCUCAUAUCUAUUAUAUGGCUGUAGCAAACAUUGCCACUCAAUAAUUGACUUACUCAGACACUGUUGGCUAUAUUACACUGAUGUACGUCAACUGUUUCUGUUAAGCUUGUGAACACUGGGGAUUUUCUUAUCUAUCAUCUAUGGUAUGGGAUCUUUACAAACAGUCCUUUGGCCUCAAGCUGUUUGCAGUAAAUGGCCUGAAGGCUCCAGGUCUUGUGAUGACGGGUGAAAUAAAAAACAUGAACGAAUGUAACCCUGUACUUGAUAUUACAACCUGGAGUGUAUAUCCUUUUAACCCUUUGUUAAAUUGUCAUUUGAAACAGGCUUGUGUAAAUACAUGUUUUAAGAGAGAGAGUAAACCUAGGCUAGAACAAGUAUAGUUUAAUAUUUAUCUUACUGCUGUGAUGUUGAUGGAAUAAAGUAAUUCCUUGAUUUUA